AUGGCGGAAAAAUCAUCACGUUCAGCCAGCUCUACUUCUACUACGACAGCAAAUGUAGGCAAAUUAUAUAGACUUCUUGUUGAUGGUGGAACAAAAGCUGUAAAAAUUCAACUGGAAAAGCAUUUUACACCUUUCCCUUCCAAGCUGGUCAACUUCCUGAAAACCAAUCUGGGUAGAAUCCAAGAACUGGUAGAAAGCAAGGUUUUAAACAGUGAUCAAUUGAAGCAACUUCGCCCAGACGACGGAAGUGACCCAGACCCUGAAAAAUUUGACAUCAGUCUAAUUAUUCUUAUUCUCACAAAUUUUUGUGAGUUACACCCCCCUCGCACAGGCUGGUCCAACAUGCCACAACAAAGCGACAAAUCCCUUUCAGCAAAACUAGUUCGUUUAAGGCUUUUUCGUAAUAAGCUGCUUCAUCGAUCUAACACACGUUUUAAAGAAAAGGAAUUUCUUGAUCUGUGGAAAAAACUUGAAGGUAUUCUUUGUUCUCUUGGUCUGCCUUCAUCAGACAUAGAAAAGUUAAGAGUGGAGGAUUGCGAGGAGAAAUAUUAUUUUGAAAUUUUAAAGAAAUGGGCCGACUCAGAGGAAGAUUCCAACAGGAGGUUUAAAGCAAUUUAUGAAAACCAAGUCAAAGCACAGAAGACUCUUCAAGAUACAAACCAAAGAGUUCUUCUAGUAGAACAGAAACAAAUGGAGGCUUGCAAAUUGCAGCAAGAAGACCACAGAACUCUUGAAGAUACACACCAGGUAGCUCAAGAUACAAACCAAAGAGUUCAUAGAGUAGAACAGAACCAAAUGGAGGCUGACAAAUUGCGACAAGUGGACCACAGAACCCUUGCAGAUACGCACCAGGUAGCUCAAGAUACAAACCAAAGAGUUCUUCUAGUAGAACAGAACCAAAUGGAGGCUGGCAAAUUGCGGCAAGUGGACCACAAAACUCUUGAAGAUACACGCCAGGUAGCUCAAGAUACAAACCAAAGAGUUCUUCUAGAAGAACAGAACCAAAUGGAGGCUAGCAAAUUGCAGCAAGCGGACCACAAAACUCUUGAAGAUACGCACCAGGUAACUCAAGAUACAAACCAAAGAGUUCAUAGAGUAGAACAUAACCAAAUGGAGGCUGACAAAUUACGGCAAGUGGACCACACAACCCUUGCAGAUACGCACCAGGUAGCUCAAGAUACAAACCAAAGAGUUCUUCUAGUAGAACAGAACCAAAUGGAGUCUAGCAAAUUGCAGCAAGUGGACCACAAAACUCUUGAAGAUACACACCAGGUAGCUCAAGAUACAAACCAAAGAGUUCUUCUAGUAGAACAGAACCAAACGGAUGCUAGCAAAUUGCAACAAGUGGACCACAAAACUCUUGAAGAUACACACCAGGUAGCUCAAGAUACAAACCAAAGAGUUCUUCUAGUAGAACAGAACCAAAUGGAGGCUAGCAAAUUGCAACAAGUGGACCACAAAACUCUUGAAGAUACACGCCAGGUAGCUCAAGAUACAAACCAAAGAGUUCUUCUAGUAGAACAGAACCAAAUGGAGGCUGGCAAAUUGCAACAAGCGGACCACAAAACUCUUGAAGAUACACACCAGGUAGCUGAAGGUCUACAGCGGUCUGUAGAGCAAGUUUUGAGAACCCAACAAGAAACGCAGCAGCAGAUCAGGGAUAGAGCUGCAGACGCUAAAGAAAAAAGAGAUAAAGGUAAUGAAGAUGAAGCACUGAGAAAACUGGCAAAAGUUAAUACAGAGAGAGUCAUCCAGUAUCACUCUGGGAAGUACCAGGAGGGAACGCGCUUGUGCAUCUUUGAGAUCAUCACAUUGUGGCUAGACGACCGUGCUUCUGAAAAUCGUGUGAUGGUAAUCAGUGGAGAUGCAGGAAUGGGCAAAUCGGUGAUUUCCGCUGUCGUUUGUCAAAGAAUGCGACAUGCUGGUCGACUGUCGGGAAGUCACUUUUGUCAGCACAACAAGGCGCGUCCCAGAAAUCCUAAGAUAAUGCUUCAGUCGUUAGCUUAUCAGCUGAGUGAGCUUUUGCCACUGUAUAAAAGAGAACUUGUAAAAGCACUGUCAAGAAACUUGGGUGAAGACAUCAACAAACUAGAGGUUGGAGAGCUCUUUGAAUUGCUGUUCGAGGAGCCUUUAAUAAAUAUAGAUGAUCCGGGAAGAAGCUUGCUCAUGAUGAUUGAUGGCCUGGAUGAAAGUGAAUACAAAGGCCGCAAUGAGCUGCUUGAUGUCAUUGCUAAUCACUUUAGUACACUUCCUGGUUGGGUUCGAUUUUGUGUUACAACUCGACCGGAAAUAAAUAUCGUAGAUUGUCUUAAAAAGUUCAACCCUGUUCUACUCGAGCAAGAUGAUGAAGAAAAUGUAAAGGACAUCAGACUUUUCCUUGAAAGACAGCUGUGCAGCGUCAUUCCAUCAGGCUCUGAAGAACUUGUUGUCGAUGCACUGGUCCGAAAGGCUGCAGGUAAUUUCUUAUAUGCUUAUUUGAUGGUCGAUUUUAUCAAGAAAAACGUUUCACUUCUUACGCCUGAGGAGUUAGGAAGAACCUUACCUUCGGGUCUAUCGUCUGUUUAUCAGUCCUAUUUUGAACGUUUGGAAAAGGAAUUGACAAUCAGUGAAGAAGUGUUUUUAACUUUUCUAAGUGCUCUUGCAGCAGCAAAAGAACCGCUUCCUCUAGACUUUGUUUCUAAGAUGUUGCUUUCGGACAUAAAGUCUCCAGCUGGUCACCGGAAAGUUAGAAAGGCUAUCGAAUGUAUCUCAACCCUUUUACCUGUCCAAGAUGGCUGCAUUCAUUUCUUUCACAAAUCAGUUAAGGACUGGUUGACCGAUGGAGCUCCCGACAUGUACGGCGUGCAACACAAAUUUUAUGUGAACGAAGACCAGGGCCACCGUGCUCUUUCUCAGCUGUGUGUUGAUGAACUUGAUGAUGUCAAAAGAAAAAUUGUUCACGGGACACAUUUCAGUGACGCUGCCAAGUACGCCCUUCAGUGUGGUGUUGGUCAUAUGCUUGAGUUGGAAGAGAGCGCCAGAGCGUCCAGCAGGUUUGAAGAAAUCAUUAACAAUUAUGUUACCGACUUAGACAUCGUGCAUGCAAAGCUCUGUGUACACAACACGGUUAAUUUUGAAGACAUUGUCCAUGUUAAAAAACGAGAAGCUUUUAAGUCAUUGAGCGAUGAAAGUCAAAGGGCCCUUAGCACGUUGUUUUUUCUCUUAAGAAAGUACCAUGGAAGACUUUCGACGCAUCCUAGUACAAUAUUUCAAGUGAUAGUGAACGAGGGAGGGGACGUUUUGGCUGGUGAAGCAACGAAAGUUUUACAGAGUCGUGAAAUACCAUACAUGGAGUACCUUCAUAAGGAAGCUUUGAAGGAGUGGAAUAAGACCCAGGCUGAGUUUCGCUGUAACUCCAAGGUUGCUUGUUUUGAUGUUUCCCCUACGCAGGAGUUCAUGGUUUGCGAAUGUACUAAUGGGAUGAUUUACCUUUGGUCACUUAAAACGGGUGAGCAAAGGUGGGUACGUCCGGUUGAGGUCAAGAAAUGCUACUUGAACUCUUAUUUCCCCCUAAGAGUGGUACCAAACUCAAAUGUUUACUCAUGUUAUCGCUCUGUUGUUUUUCACCCUACUGAGCCCAUUGUUCUUCCUGGAAUCCUUAGCCGUGCUUACUCGUUUAAAGGAAUCCUCCAACCUCUGUUUCCAAAAAGCAACUGCAGAUUUUCUGUUUGUUCAGUUCAUGGGGACGAGAGCAAAAUUAUCACCGAUUGCCCUGGGGAUGCUAAAUGCCUUGUCAUGUGGAAUCUAAAAAAUGGUGAAGAGAUCACUCGAACCAUCAGAAAUGAAGAUGUUUUGUCUUUUGCUUGGUCUCCAGAUGGAACGGUUCUGGCAAUUUCCCAUUUUUCGGGACUGGUUUGUUUGGUUGACGCAUUGAACUGUGUAGACACCACUCUCGCAGAAGUCACCACCUCUCAACCUUGUGGAAUGAUAAAGUUUAGCCCUGACUUUCAAUUCCUUUUUUGUUUGUCUUGGCGUGAAAACACAAGCUACGAGUUUGGAACCUCAACUUUUCCCUUAAACGUCAUUAAGUUGCCUUGUGGUACCUUUUCCUUGCGCGUUUUACACAACGAUUGUGGCCAGGAUCCAUGGAAUUACCAAUCACCUAGCGACGGUGGAUUCUUGAUGGGAGAUCCUAUGUUUUACAGGAUUUCCAUGUACCUUUUUGUUAGUGAGUUGUUUGCAUUUGCAUUUGUAUCAAACAAACAAAGUGUAUUAACGGUACUUGCUGGCGACAGUAAAAUUACAAUGCUUAAACAUGAGGAUUAUUCGAGGGCCACCUGGAAUUCUCAUUUCUUUUCUCUUCCCUGUCGCAUUGCCUUCGCUUUAGAUGGAAAGACCAUUUAUGGUACCACUGCAGGGUAUAAAGGCUUACAAGUGGUAUCUUUGGAUGUGUCGAGUGGAGAUCGUAAAGCAGAGAAAGUGAUACUCACACGUGAUGUUUUACUUGUACCUGUGUCAGAAGGUGUCCUUUUGAAACAAAGAGAACCUGGGGCAGAUGUUCAGCUAUGGAAUUUUGAGUUGUCACAACAAAUCCGAAGUUGGCCUAAUUUAAGUGAGGUUAGGGAUAUAGUGCCAUUUUCAGACCACUGUGUAGCGUGUGUGGGGAGAGAUUUUGAAGUAACCAUCCUGGACACAUCAAAUGGAAACAUAGUGAAGACCAUCCCAUUUUGUCACGAGGGUUUCCAGUCAACAUCUCGUUGGUUUCAUGAAAAAUCCAUAGUAUGUAACAGUAAAUAUCAGCUGCUAUCCACCACUCGUAGCUCAGUUCAGCUGUCAGACGGGGAAAAUGGACUAUGGAAGAGAAAUCUGAAAUGGCUAGAUUUUUUACUACCUGGGAUGUUUUCUCCAACAGAGGAGUUUGUCCUUGUCUCAUCUACAAACUCACAAGUACUUGUGCUUGAAGCAUCUUCAGGAAAGCAUCUCCGGACGCUAUGCACCGUUGACAGUGUUCUUGGCUGUGCCUUUGUAAGUAAGACGGAAUGUGUUAUCGUCUGCAAGAAUACUUCAGGGAGUUAUUGUCUUCAGUUGUUUAAUGUUAGCACUGCGAAUGUCGUAACAGUACUUGAUAUAGAUUUCGUACCGUCCCGGUCUCUGGCUUCCUGUCCACAAAAGGGUUUGAUCGCUAUUGGCCUUGAAUAUAUGUGCGCAGUUAUAGAAGUAAAACUGCCGCGAGACAAAGUAAACCGGGAAGCAAAAGGUGAGUAA